AUGGCCGCCGGCAGCGCGCGCAUCGUGAGAUACAUUCUCUUCGCCUUCUUUUUUGUCGCCGUCCUAUACUAUGCGUCCCGUUCCUCGUACGAGAGAGUGCCUCUGAACCCCGCGUCGUUCGGCGUGGGUAAAGACCGGUCAUCCUCGAAGCCCGGAGAGUCCGUACACGAUGCUGGUGGUAGUGUGUCGUCCGGCAGCUCAAAGGGCAGCGGGUCCGGAUCUACAAAGGGCUCAGCGAGACCCCCCAACGGCUCCCCCAAGCAAGUCGAAGACCUCGCCGAGGCCCCGAUGGCACUGUCGCCAUCUGAUCCAGGAUGGGGUGACCUUCAAGGAACCGCUCCCGGCCCUCGUAUGAAUGCCACCUUCGUCACCCUCGCCCGGAACAGUGAUGUGUGGGAGAUUGCUCGCUCCAUCCGCCAAGUCGAAGACCGCUUCAACCGCCGAUACAACUACGAUUGGGUUUUCUUGAACGACCAACCAUUCGACGCUACCUUCAAAAAGGUCACCACUUCGCUAGUUUCUGGGACGACGUAUUAUGGCCAAAUCCCAACCGAGAAUUGGUCCUUCCCUGACCAUAUCGACCAGGACAAGGCGCGCAAGGUUCGGGAGGACAUGGCACAGCGCAAAAUUAUUUAUGGAGACUCUGUCAGCUACCGUCACAUGUGUCGAUUCGAGUCCGGCUUCUUCUUCCGCCAGCCGCUGAUGAUGAACUAUGAAUGGUACUGGAGAGUCGAACCUAGCAUCGAGCUUCUCUGUGAUAUCCACUACGACCCUUUUCGUUUCAUGGCCGAGAACAAGAAGAAAUACAGUUUUGUCCUCAGUCUGUUAGAAUACGUCGACACCAUCCCCACGCUCUGGGACAGUGUCAAGAAGUUCAUGAAGAACUAUCCAGAACACAUUGUCGAGGGCAACUCUAUGGGUUUCCUAAGCGAUGACGGUGGUGAGACCUACACCAACUGCCACUUCUGGUCCAACUUUGAAGUCGGUAGUCUCGAAUGGCUUCGCUCCAAGCCCUAUACUGAUUUUUUCGAGUCCCUCGACAAAGAUGGCGGCUUCUUUUACGAGCGGUGGGGGGAUGCCCCAGUCCACUCCAUUGCGGCGGGCCUGCUGCUGAAGAAGGAAGAAGUUCACUUCUUCAACGACAUUGCUUACUACCAUGUCCCAUUCACUCAUUGUCCGACCGAUGAGAAGAGGCGAUUAGACCUUCGUUGCCAUUGCGAACCUGCGAAAAAUUUCGACUGGAAGGGGUACUCAUGCACUACGAGAUAUUUUGACUUCAACGGGUUGGAGAAGCCAGACGGGUAUCAAAAUCAACAAGACUAG